AGUAAGACUGUUAUGUGGCUAUCCGUAGAAGAAAUACUUCCCAUUGCAGUACAUGCCCGGAUGCAUCGAGGUAAAUGCGUAUGUGAACCAAAAUGGAAGGGACCUAUUUGUAACGAAUUCGAAGGCUGCCCUGAAGGACAUGCAUUGCAUGGAAAAGUCACAAUUUCCCUUUCUCCAUCUGAUUUUUUACUAGUUUGUCCUAUUCAGGUGCCUUGGGAUGGUCGUUACUGCGAACGAUUGGCAUGCUGGAGGAAGACGAAGUUCGGCCAAGAUAAACGAUUCCGCAAUCAAGUGGAUCAUUGCGUGUGCACAGCGUAUUUCGAAGGUGACAACUGCGAUAAGAUUAUCGGCUGUAUGAAUGGAGGAGAAUUACAAGAUGGCAGGUGUAUCUGCAAAGAAGGCUAUGGUGGAGAAGUUUGCGAAAAGAGAUGUCAAAAAGGACAAAUCACGUAA